AUGUUGUUUUCAUUAGGGAAUCGUCUAGAUGAAGGAUCAGAUGUGGAAUCAGAACCAGAUCUUCCACUGAAAAGAAAGCAGCGACGUAGUCGUACAACCUUUACAGCAGAACAACUAGAGGAGCUGGAGAAGGCUUUUGAGAGGACACAUUACCCAGAUAUAUACACCCGGGAGGAACUGGCACAGAGGACCAAGCUGACUGAGGCCAGAGUGCAGGUAGGCGAGGACCGUUACUGUGUAUUUGUAACCAUGUUAAAUUAUUCAUUGUCAGACCACUACAUCUUAUCAACAUUUGGGCGUGGUCGCCUAUGCCAGUCUACAUUCCGAAAUUCAAACUUGACCAAACUAACCAAAAAAAAACAUGGUUGCAGGUUCAGACUCUUGAAAUUAUGGAUAUUUGUUAGGAAUAAUCUUUGUGGUAGAGUAAGAAGCUGCAAUUCUAUAAAGCUGAAAUCUGCUACUAGAUGCCUCCUGGGAGGCUCACCAAAAAGCUGA